AUGUCGUUAUUACUGACUAAAACGUCACGCAUUCUCAAGCGCCACAAGGUCGAAUAUUGGCUCGACAAGGGCACAUUAUUGGGCGUACAUCGAGAUGACGGGCUUAUUCCAUGGGAAUAUGAUGUGGAUUUUGGUGUUAUGAAUGCCACGUGCGCCAAGAUCUCAGCACUAAAGCGCGAGUUUGAAGCUGUUGGACUUCUCGCCUAUGAUCGCCAAGACAACAUCCCACAUAAAGGAAAGCUCACGUAUGAUACAGAGAACCAUGAGUUCUAUUGGUCAGACCCUCGACUACAUGACCCGUGUAUCCGCAUAUACGAUAAGACGGAUGUUGGAACGUGGGUGGAUAUUUACUGGUAUGUAGAAUUAACGCCAAAGGAAGUGGCAGCUGAUCGUAAGAAUGUUCUAGUGCCGCCGGAUUACGAUGAGAAAGAUAAUCUCGUGUGUUGUUCAGAGGGGUUGCAAACACAUACGGAGCACAUGUGUUGUGGUGGCUGUGUCCCGCACAAAUCUCUCUUUCCAUUACAACGUAAGUAUGUCAAUAUACACGACGGGAUCGAACCUGUCCAAGAGCAGCCAGUGCCAGCUGCAGUGGCGCAAUUCUUAUCGAUUCAAUACGGAAAAAGUGCAUUGACAAGUCGUGUGAUUAAGGGAUGGAAGAGCGUAGUGUGUGCUUACUGGACAAGUCCGGUGCUAUUCAUGAUGUAUCUCAUCCUUCUCAGUGGUGUACUGAUCACGCUAGCAAUCACAUGUCGACGCAUAUGUUCAACCGGCAAUUUGAAGCGUCAAAAGCUAUAG